CAUAACUGUGUGAUAGAGGAGAGAGCACGCAGAAAAGUGCAGGAAUUUGUUAGAGGAAACAAAAAAAAAACAAUAAUAAAAGUUUUGUUCUUCGUGAACUAAGCAUAAGUUUGCGAACAAAAUCCGAAUUGUAAUUUUUUUUGUAUUCAAGCAACAUAAACAUAAGUUUACUUUUAAAAUUAUACACGUUUACUUUAGUGGGCGUUGUGAUACGCACAUAGGAUUUCUUUUAGCGAGUGACCUGGUUGCGUAAAGGGUGACCAGCGGACGCAAUGGAAGACCUCACUAAAAAUAUAAUCUUCACAAACGCAAUCAACGGGCAACCGGCCACAAUUCAGUACCAAACCGCAGAUGGUACUAUUCUUAAGCAGCCGAAGAUUGAGGGGCAAAAAACAGAGCAACAACCCACCUUCUACUACACGACGAAUGGAAAUGGAGGAACUGUCAAUCUCGCCCAGCUUGCCACCACGGAUGAUAACAAAACCUGCUAUAUUGCCCAACCGGUGGGUGGCUACAAUUAUGCCUUGGUGAAUGGGAUGCCGCUUAAUCAGGGCACAGCGUUAGGAAUCGCAACAGUCGACGCACAAGGGCGCAUUCAGAUCGUCAAUCAAAACAAGCCCAUUACAGCUAACACUAUAUCUAACAUCAGUUUUAAGUGCGAUGUUUGUUCGGACAUGUUUCCCCACCUCGCUUUACUGAACGCUCAUAAGCGAAUGCAUACAGACGGUGAACAACAACAGCAACAGCACACCUCCCAGCAAAGUGGUGGCGACUCUAUAGCUGUCGUCAACGCCCAAGGAUUAGUGCAAGCCCAAAAUAUUAUUAACAACGGACAGAUGGGUCAAAUACAGAUUGUUGCAUCUGACUCGCUUGAGCCUGUUCAGCAAUCUGUAAUGCAGCAGCAACAUGAUUCCAAAGCAAGCAAGUGCAUCAAUUGUGGAGGCCCUAUCCUUCAGCAAUCCAAACGCAAGGGUCCGAAGCAAGUCCGAUGUGAAACCUGCAUGCAAGCUGAACAGGCGGCGCAGCAGCAGCAACAACAGCAGCAGCUUUUUGUUGCACAAGACGGCCAAAUGGCUCACCCAGUGCAAAUCAUAUCAACUACACCCCAGGCCCAGGCUCAGUUACAGCAAAUUGUAGCAUCGCAAACAGGUGGUACGACCCCGAAAAGGGAACCGACCAGUGGAUCCGGCCACCACCCAGUGAAAAAACGAAAUUCACAGCAGAUGACAAAAUGUCAAAAGUGCAACGGAUCCGGCAUGGUUAUCGUGGGGCAGCAUUCUCAUGGGGGUCUGGGUGGAGCUGGAGGUUCGGUUAAACAAACCGUCACUGUAAAAACUGAAUGUUCGUCUUGCAGAAAUCCAUCGAAACCGUUUAGCUGUAAUAUAUGUGGUGGACUGUUUUCACGAUAUUCGAGCCUUUGGUCACAUAAAAAACUACAUAGCGGGGAAAAAAACUACAAGUGCAGCAUUUGUGGACUUGCUUUUGCCAAAGCUGUUUAUUUAAAGAACCAUGCACGGAUUCAUACGGGUGAAAAGCCAUACAAAUGCCAAACCUGCGGUAUGCAGUUCUCCCAAUCGCCACAUCUUAAAAAUCACGAACGUACGCACAGUGGCGAACGACCAUACGUAUGUGGGGUUUGUGAUAAAGGAUUUGCCCGACACGCAACGCUUUGGAACCAUAGACGAAUCCACACAGGUGAAAAGCCGUAUAAGUGUGAAAUUUGUGGUUCAGCAUUCUCGCAGGCUGCCCAUCUAAAGAACCAUGCCAAGGUGCAUUCCGGCGAAAAGCCAUACAAAUGCGAGAUAUGUUCUGCUGCGUUUGCUGAUCGCUUUGCCCUUAAGAGGCACCGUGGCAUACACCAAAAAUACGGGCAAACAGCGCCUCGCCAACCUGGCGGCGAAGGGAUGAUAGUGCACAAGCAGGAGAUACCUGACAUGGAUGACGAAGCUCAGCAGGAAGUUAUCAUUGGUGGAUUAUAGAUAAGAGCAACAAAUUCAAACGCCAAGACGAUGGACUGCUGUGCAAAAUUGGCAACACAAGGGGCACCAAGCUGUACACCUGAAGAGUACCCCGCUCAUCCAUACCAUGGUAACUAUUAUUAUCAGUUGCCACCGCCUCCCACAGUCGCAAUCCCAGAACAACCCCAAGACGCUGCUUUCGACGCUGGGAGAUAUUAAUGUGGUAUUUCAAAUUGGCAAAGCCGCUGGCACUACCAACUAGGCAUUGCAUAAGAUACGAAUAUAUUCAUAUUUUUUUACUCUAGCUUUCUUUUAGUCCCUAAAAUUUGGAGGAACCCAAAAACGCUUUUUACGUUAAACAAACGAAUUAACCUAAUUUAUUUGGUAGCCUGUAAAAUACACGUAAACAUACCUAUAAAUAUAAAAAACAUAUAUGUACCAUUAUAUAUAUUUAUAUAUGGCAGUAUAUAUAAGUGUUAUAGUUUAUUUCGCUAUACAAAUUUUAGGUGUAAUCAAUCGGAUUUAUAAGAAGGGGCGGGUUGGGGUGAACAAAAUAGAUCCGAAGUAUAAAUACGUAAAAAUUUAGGCGAUAUAUAUUAUUUAUAUAAUAUAUAUAUUAAUAUAUAAAAAAGCGUUUGAAUACAAUAUUAGAGUUAAGCCAAGCCCCU